CAAACCCGAGGACCAAAGGACGAAUUCCCUUCUUUUUCAACGAAAACCAAUUACUCCGGUCAUAGAAGCUAACAGAGCCGUUCCAGUUUCACCAAUCCACUUACUUUGUAUUCUCGAUUUCCCUUUCUUUCAAUUCCAGCAUCUGGAUCUUCUGCUAUUGGAUUCGAUAUUGACCAAUGGUUAAGCACGGCAGCUAAACUCUCCUUUCUUGUGCUUUUAGUUGCAGAGAUUGAACAAUGCGGAGAUACAGUCCUCCUCGAAGAGGGUAUGGGGGCCGACCAAGAAGUCCUCCCAGAAGGGCAUAUGGUGGUGAACGUGAGCGAGGGAGGCCUAAGGAGCAGAAUCAUGGUAGUCUUUUGGUUCGCAAUAUUCCCUUAAAUUGCAGGCCUGAAGAGCUUCGGGUCCCGUUUGAAAGAUAUGGAGUGGUCAGAGAUGUCUAUCUUCCGAAGAACUAUUAUACUGGGGAACCUCGUGGAUUUGCAUUUGUACAGUUUGUGGAUGCUUAUGAUGCCGUAGAGGCACAACAUCAUAUGAAUGGCAGAAUGUUUGCUGGUAGGGAGAUUUCUGUUGUUCUGGCUUCAGAAUCAAGAAAGAGGCCUGAAGAGAUGCGCCGAAGAACUAGCGUUAGGGGACCAUCUGGUCAUGAUGAUCGCCGAACCUAUCAUGGGCGAUCUCGCUCGCUGUCGCGGUCUCGCUCCCCUCGUCGUCUUCAAGACACUAAGAGCCGUCAUCGGUCAAGGUCCUACUCUCCUGCCCCUAAACGACAAAGGGACUAUUCUCCAUCUCCUGUUCGAAGACAGCCUCGGUCACCUAGAGGUUCUCCUCUAGACCAUGAUCAUGCUCGUAGAUCUUAUUCUCCAGGUUAUGAUGGUGCUGCUGACCAGAAUGUCGAUAGGUCUCCACACAAAUAUGAUAGAAGAAGAGGGCGUUACAGGUCUUCUCCUGGUGGGGCAUCAAGGUCGCCACCGGGAUCCAGGUCCAGAUCUGCUGAUAUAUCACCACCCCGGGAAUGAACUAGUAAGCGUAGCUGAACACCUGUCAUGUUGCGUGCGUGUUUUCUGUUUGUACGUAUAUGUUUGACCAACACCAAACUUGGUGAUCCGCCUGUGGGAAGACUUUCUAUUGUAUUCCACUGUUUCAUAUUCUUUCUGUACCUGCUAGAAGGCUAAUGGUUGAAGUCAUGUUAUGCACAACUUGGUUAUUUUUCUUGUUCCUUAUGUUCUCUUUAUAGCAGGAUGAAGACCCAGAUUUUUGUUUGAUAAUGCAAGUGUGUUUUGUUCUAUUUGUUAA